GUGAAAAUUGUCAAAUGUCACGUUGACAAUUUUUGAGGAAAAAGGAGAAAACAGGGAAAGGAGACAGCUGUUUUCGUUUUCAUCCUGUGACGUUUCUCAAUGGUGCUUUCAGAUUUCCACACGUAAAAUUUCAGUCAGUGAUAAAUAUGCUGCUAAUCUUAUCUCAAGGACCAAUCAUCUUUCGUCACAACAAUUAAAUCCUGCAUUAACAAAAUAAGGGAUCGCCUACUCGUAUUGUGAAAUAUGACAAUGGGAGAUGAAACACCAGUGACCACUCUGAUACUUCCUGUUCUUAUACGCCCCAUUUUAUGCGAGUUGGAGAAACAGGAUGUGUCAGCAUCACAGACUCUACGGUCAGCCCUCACCAAAGCUGAGGCAUCACAUCCUGGACUCACUUAUGAUCUUGUAGUUGGGAUACUUCGCAAGGGGGAUCUGACUGUUGAUAUGAAUGAGAGCAUACUACGCUUACAGGGAGCUGUUUCAGACACUGAUGUUGAGUAUCGUUUAAGCCGAUCUGAAGAUGCCUUCCAGGAGUUAAACAGAAAAUCAGCUGCUUUGAAGAGAAUCCUCAGUAGAAUACCUGAUGAAAUCACAGACAGAAAGCCAUUUUUGGAGACUAUAAAAGAAAUUGCUAGUGCUAUAAAGAAAUUGCUAGAUGCAGUGAAUGAAGUAAGUGCAUUCAUUCCUGGAUCCACUGGGAAACAGUCUUUGGAGCAGAGAAAAAGGGAGUUUGUGAAGUAUUCCAAGAGGUUCAGUAACACUCUCAAGGAAUACUUCAAAGAAGGACACAACACCAGACAAUGGAGGAUGGUAAAAAACUGAUAGUUAUGUCACAGAGUCACAACAACGUUCAUUUGAGAUGUUCCUCAACAAUAAAGAUGACAAGAGAGCGCAAGAAGGCAAGUUGAUAGCAGCUAUAUAAUUUUGAACGUCUACACUAAAAUAUGAAUUCAACACAGUUAACCAGAAGCAUCAUCAGGCAUCAAUGGAUAGUCUGACAAUGCUUCUAAAAAUACAGGCAAAAUGUGUUUAAAUUUUCAAUGUUAGUUUGGACGUGUGAUACAUAUUAUCAAGUUUAAAGCAAAACAACAAAAAACUGGUUAGGUUUUUAUCGUCGCGUUCGCGUGCAGUUCGGGAGCGUCACACUCCGACUCCAGGUGCAUACAACUGUCAAUUCAAAAGCACUGGAGUACCAAGACUCGAAAGUUGGAACAAAUCUUAUGUCACUGUCAGUGUGACAACCGAUUUGACAUGGACGAACCAUUUUGAGUUUACCUUUUAUAGAUCUUCCUAAUAUAAAACAUAGCAGUACUUGAAAGUACAACUAACAGAUCUCAUAAAUUUCAUUCAUUGCCAAAAUGAUUGCAGUAUUCUGUAACGGCAGUCACAUUUAAGUUCAAUUUGCUUACUUAUUUCAUAUGGACUGAUGGCGUACCCGCUAAAAAUCGUGAAAAGAACUAUGCCAUUUUAAUUAUAUUAUCAUGCAUUAAAUAAUAAAUAGACUUACCUUACCUUUGAUGAUUUCUUGAGAAUAGAACAGUCCAAAAAUACACCAGAAACGUUUUUUAAUAUGUGACCUACCUUCUCAAAAUUAUUGUUUGAAUGUCUCACAGUAACAGUGACGGAAAUCUUAUAAAAUGUAACGUAGCAGAGCUGCUUUCCACCACGGUAUCAGCUGCUACAAAAAAACUAGGGCUAAGAAGCACUUUUUUCCACAUGACCUCACUCUAUUAUUAAAGGCCCAGAUAAGACCUAGUCUGAUUUUUGAUUGGCUGUCACCUCUGGCAGCACUCUGUGCUUUAAGACUAUGCUGACCAUCUGUUUUUUUUGCAGUGCCAAUUCAGUAUUUGUUAGUGCCCUAUACUUAAUUCAUCAGACUAACAUGAUAAUCACAACUGUGAAGAA